UGCUGUUUGGUUGCGCUCGUUAGAGCAUGAACCUCGGUUAUCCAGCAACUGUGGUUCCACUUUAUUGGUGUCGCGGCCCACGCAGGCAGUAUGUGUUGCAACAGUGUAUCGUGUGAACCAGUGCUUGCGGUCAGCAGUGGCAGCGGCAGCAGUAGCAGUAACAGCGCCAGUACAGCUGCCACCCGUUGGCGCUGUUCAGUAAAAAAAGAAGAAGGGCUUCAGUGGCGAUAACUGUGUGACAAUCAACCUGGUAUCGGUCCGCGUAAUCAUUUACUGCGUGCUAGUGCCACCGUCUCGUGUCGUCUCUUCCCCUGAACCGUGUCCGUACCACGCUCGUUCCUGGACCGCGAGUGAGCGAUCUUCAGUCGCUCUGUGCAAUCCAAUUUCCAUUGAAAAGUAAUAGAGUUCUAGAGCCGCAAUUAGUUUGAAACCCGUUCACCGUUUCGUUCACCAGUAGCCGUACUGCUAUGUUAGAAAAACAAAGGCAAAAGGUCGCCAAACCGAAAACAGAAAGCCCAAAACCGAAGCGAACCGUCGCCGCUCGCGUGAUCAUCCAGCCGAAGAGCGCCCGUGGUCUUCUUCCGUCUACGUUAACAGUCCGCUACCGUGUGUACUUAUUGUGAUUGCUAAAACUCACCACAGCACCACCACUACACGACUCGGACUGUUUGGCGGCGCUCGCCCCGUCGACCCGAUCGGGCGCCCCCCCCGCAUAGUUCCGCCGUACAUAGAGAGUAUAUUCUCCGCGUGGCGUGGUGCUCUUCACGGUGCCCGUUACUGGAUCUACCUGUCCUCCACCACACAUAAACACAUACACGAGAACAUAUUUUUAUGUUUUUUUGUUUCUGAUUAUCUGCGCGUGUAGUGUAUCACCACCACGGUCUAAAAACAUUUACGAUGCUUCUGAGCCACAAUAAAUUCGGGAGUAUCCGCCCGGCGAAGCAGCUGAAGAUCGAUAAGAUGGACGCACCGGCGACGUCAGACAUCGUCAUCAUCAACGGCAAUUCGCAUCCGGAUCUGGCCAACCUCAUUGCCAACCGUCUCGGUGUGGCGAACGGUGGGUGCGCCGUUUACCAUAAAACGAAUCGCGAAUCGAUGGUGGAAAUCGGCGAUUCGGUGCGUGGCAAGGACAUCUACAUCAUACAGACCGGUACAAAAGACGUCAAUAACAACAUUAUGGAGUUGCUGAUCAUGGCGUAUGCGUGCAAAACGUCUUCGGCUAAGUCGAUCGUCGGCGUCAUACCGUAUCUACCGUACUCGAAACAGUGCAAGAUGCGCAAAAGGGGAUGCAUUGUAUCGAAGUUGCUGGCGAAAAUGAUGUGCACCUCGGGUCUGUCGCACAUCAUCACCAUGGACUUACACCAGAAAGAGAUCCAGGGUUUCUUCGACUGCCCGGUCGACAACCUGCGGGCGUCCCCGUUUUUGCUGCAGUACAUCCAGGAAAGCAUCCCUGACUACCGUAACUCGGUGAUUGUCGCGCGCAACCCGGGUUCGGCCAAGAAGGCGACCUCGUAUGCUGAGCGGUUACGGCUAGGCAUUGCUGUCAUCCACGGUGAACAAAAGGAGUCAGAGGCUGAUGAGGUGGACGGUCGUAAUUCGCCUCCCACGCUGCCGAAGUCACGCACGAUGGAUGUGUCGGGUGGCGUGCCCAUCCACCCGGCUAAGGAGAAGCCGCCGAUAAAUGUGGUCGGUGAUGUGGGGGGCCGCAUAGCUAUAAUGGUGGACGACAUGAUCGACGACGUGCAGUCGUUCGUGGCGGCGGCCGAGGUGCUCAAGGACCGGGGAGCGUACAAGAUCUACGUCUUGGCGACGCACGGGCUGUUGAGCCAGGAUGCACCGCGCCUGAUUGAGAACUCGGCCAUCGACAUCGUCGUGGUGACGAACACCAUACCGCACGAGAUCCAGAAGAUGCAGUGUCACAAGAUCAAAACGAUCGAUAUCAGUAUUUUGCUGGCGGAGGCAAUCCGUCGCAUACACAACAAGGAAUCGAUGUCGUAUCUUUUCAAAAACGUCACCCUUGAGGACUGAAAUGGUAAUCCGGCCUCCAUCCGAUGGUCUGGCACGGAAAGUCUCCGGAAAAGAAAAGCUAAACAAUUAGGGUUCUAUUAUCCAGUGCAAGCCACCACCAUUUUGAACGCUUUCCAGGUUUAGGUUGGUCAAAACAAGGCCCAAGGUCCCAAGUAAUUGUGUACACUUACAGCGCCCCGUUUUAAACGUUUUCCCCAACAUAUUUUACCGCUAUUAAAGCGCAUUUCAGUGUUUUCUUCCUCCCACUAGUAAGCAGCUUUAUUGUAAACAUGUUUUAUCUUUGGUUUGUUUGUUUUUCAUUUCAACCCCAUAUUUCCCUUUCGAUAACCUGCUGUGCCCGGGAAGCAAUCUAGAACGUAAUGAAUUGUAACGAAGAAGCAGUAAGGCGAAGUAGUUAGUAGUGAUAGUCGUAACAGUCAUUCAGUCGCAAUCUCUCAUUGAGUCAAGCGCUGCGUAGCACUUGAAUGCGCCCCAAACCGUUCGCCAAACGAGAAAGAGUUGUCAAUAAAUAACCUGAUGGUCUCGCAUCAAUGAUUACGGUCGAGUA